AUGGAUGUUGCAGCUCUCCGAGACCGCAUUCAGUCUACUCUCGACGCAAAUGCGGAUAAUCGACGCCAAGCUGAAUUGGAUUUAAAAUAUGCUGAGACACAACCCGGCUUCAUAAAUGCGCUUCUGGAUAUUUUGCAGGGGGAGCAGAACAAUGCUGUUCAACUUUCGGCCGGUGUCUACCUGAAGAACAGAAUCAACCGCGGAUGGUCGCCCGUCGAAGACAGCCCCCUGCGCGCACCGAUUCCAGAGGCUGAAAAGCCCGGCUUCCGAGAGAGGCUAAUCCCAGCGCUCGCAUCGACGCCUCCCAAUGUCCGCGCACAGCUUGUUCCUCUCCUCCAAAAGAUCCUUCAGCAUGAUUUCCCUGAGCAGUGGCCGGGUUUUCUGGAUAUUACGCUUCAGUUGCUGGGCACCAACGAUGCGAACUCCGUCUACGCUGGUCUACAAUGUCUGCUGGCCAUCUGCCGCGUCUACAGAUUCAAGGCUGGAGAGAAGAGGGAGGAAUUCGACAAGAUUGUCGAGCACUCAUUUCCCCAGCUCCUGAACAUUGGGUUGAAAUUGGUCGACGAGGAAAGCCUGGAGGCAGCUGAGAUGCUCCGGAUUGUUGUCAAGUCCUACAAACAUGCUAUUUAUUUCGAACUUUCGCCUCAUCUUCAAACCCACCAAGCGACUGUCGACUGGUGCACACUCUUCCUGAGAAUCAUUGCCAAGCAGCCUCCUGCCAACUCCAUGAUGGAAUCCAAGGAAGAGAGGGAACUCAAUCAUUGGUGGAAGUGCAAGAAAUGGUCCUAUGCCAAUUUGAACCGUCUGUUCAUCAGAUACGGAAAUCCCACCACAAUGACCAAGUCUAGCACCCCGGAUUACUCCCAAUAUGCGAAGACGUUCAUCAGCACUUUCGCUCCGGAGAUUCUCAAGGGAUAUUUGCAGGAGAUUGACAAGUGGGUGUCAAAGGGACAGUGGCUCAGCAACCCUGCUCUUGCCUACACCUUGAUCUUCCUGGAAGAGUGUGUCAAGCCUAAGGCGAUGUGGGAGCACCUGAAGCCGCACAUGGACAACUUGAUCGCUCACUUCAUAUUCCCGAUCAUGUGCCAAUCAGACGAGGAUAUUGAGCUGUUCGAAACCGACCCCUCGGAAUAUCUCCACCGGAAGUUGAACUUUUACGAAGAAGUUUCGGCGCCAGAUGUUGCGGCCACGAAUUUCUUGGUCGCGCUCACGAAGAACCGGAAGAAGCAGACUUUCUCGAUCCUUACGUUCGUCAACAGCGUCGUCAGCAAGUAUGAAUCUGCUCCGGACGAUCAGAAGCUACCCCGAGAGAAGGAAGGUGCUCUUCGCAUGAUCGGUUCACUGGCCUCUGUCAUCUUGGGCAAGAAGAGCCCCAUCGCUAAUCAGGUUGAAUACUUCUUCGUUCGUCACGUUUUCCCCGAAUUCCGCAGUCCUCAUGGCUUCCUCAGAGCUCGCGCCUGCGACACUCUUGAGAAAUUCGAACAGCUCGAUUUCCAGGACCCUAACAACCUCAUGAUCAUCUACCGGAAUAUAUUGGAAUCGAUGACCGAUCCUGAACUGCCCGUCCGAGUGGAGGCCGCUCUUGCUCUGCAGCCUCUCAUUCGUCAUGACAUUAUCAGAACGUCGAUGCAGCAGAACAUUCCCCAGAUCAUGCAGCAGCUUCUCAAGCUCGCCAACGAGGUUGACGUGGACGCUCUGGCCAAUGUCAUGGAGGACUUUGUCGAAGUUUUCUCAGCUGAACUGACGCCGUUUGCUGUGGCUCUUAGCGAACAACUCCGUGAUACGUACAUGCGUAUCGUUGGCGAAUUGCUGGAGCGAAAUGCUGCCAAGGGCGAAGAGGACACAUAUGGAGACUUUUUGGACGAUAAGAGCAUCACUGCUUUGGGUGUACUGCAGACCAUCGGAACGCUCAUAUUGACUCUGGAGAGCACUCCUGAUGUGCUCCUGCAUCUUGAGACGAUUCUCAUGCCUGUUAUCAGCAUCACGCUUGAGAACAAGCUUUACGACCUCUACAACGAGGUCUUUGAGAUCAUUGACAGCUGCACCUUCGCCUCGAAAUCCAUCUCACCUACAAUGUGGCAGGCUUUCGAGCUCAUUCACAAGACCUUCAAAGCAGGUGCCGAGUUGUAUCUGGAAGAUAUGCUGCCUGCCCUUGAUAACUACGUCGCCUAUGGCUCAGAAAUGCUGGUUCAGAAUCCUGCGUACCUUGCGGCGGUCGUUGGCAUGGUCGAGGAUAUCUUCAGGGACGAGAAGGUCGGCGGUGUCGACCGGAUAUGUGGGUGCAAACUCGCAGAGACCGUGAUGUUGAAUCUGCGCGGCUAUAUUGACCAGUACAUCCCUCUCUUCAUUGAGCUCCCAAUGCGCGUCAUUGAGGCCGGGGAGGCUAGGACGAAGUCCUACCGUCUUCACCUGAUGGAAAUGGUAAUCAACGCCAUUUACUACAAUCCUGUCCUCAGUCUGCAAGUGCUGGAAUCCAAGGGCUGGACGAACAAGUUCUUCAGCACGUGGUUCUCCAACAUUGACAACUUCAGACGUGUUCACGACAAGAAGCUGUCGAUUGCAGCGAUCAGCUCUCUGCUCACUCUGAAGGCUGGAGACGUUCCUGCCAGUGUGCAGCAAGGUUGGCCUAGACUUCUUCAGGGAGUCACCAGACUCUUCCAGACCCUGCCUGCAGCAAUCAAGAGUCGCGAGGACGCCACGAAAGAGUCCGACUUCACAUACGAUGACGAAGGUGAAGAGGAUGACGAGGAGAAUGACUGGGAUGGCGAGGUCGAGUGGACCGAAGGGGACGAGCUCGAGGGAGCAGCCGAGGGCGACGUGCCUGACGAGAGUGCCGCCUACCUUGAUUUCUUGAACCAGGAGGCACAGAAGUUCGGCUCCUUUGCUGACGACGAUGAUGACGAGCUGGAUGAGGAAAGUCUGCUUGAGACGCCACUGGACAAGAUUGAGCCGUACGGAAUGUUCAAGCAUGUGUUCAUGGGCCUUCAACAGGAACAGCCACAGCUUUAUGAGAAUCUCACGAAGAUUUUGAGUCCUGAAGAACAGCAGAUCAUCCAGGCCGUCUUCCACGAGGCUGAUGCCAAGGCCAUGGCAGCAGCUAACGCGGAGGCUGCCGCUGCUGGAGUUCAGGCUAACGGCACCCAAUGA